AUGAAGAAAUCUAUUAAAGCAGCAAAAAAGGCCGGCAAAGCCCAAAAGAACAUUACCAAGGGCGAUAAGUCGAAGAGACGUACUAAGCGUAAGGAGAGUUACGCUAUCUACAUUUACAAAGUGUUGAAGCAAGUCCAUCCCGACACCGGUAUCUCCUCCAAGGCCAUGAGCAUCAUGAACAGUUUCGUCAAGGAUAUCUUCGAACGUAUUGCCGCCGAAGCCUCUCGUUUGGCCCACUACAACAAGCGCUCAACCAUCACCAGUCGGGAAAUCCAGACCGCCGUCCGUCUAUUGUUGCCCGGUGAAUUGGCUAAGCACGCCGUCAGUGAAGGUACCAAGGCUGUUGCUAAAUACACCAGCUCCAAGUAAAUG